UGUCACUGUUUACAACAGGUAAACACGGGAACAAAUUGCAGUUGGGUAGUGGAACUCGACUUUUUUUGUACCAGCUGGUUGGCACCUGGGGUCAACUUCUCUUUCCAAAACCCUGGAAAGAGUUCCGUCUGUGGUAUGAUGAACACAAGGCCAAGAACAUCAAGCCAGUUCUGCCAGGGAUGGUGACAACUGGAUGGUAUAAAAAGAUGGGAGAGAGAAUAUGGACUCCUUGGUUCAUCAAAUUUAUUCACUCUCGUUCUUACUUCAAUAUUUACACCAACUUUCUACGUGAGAGAGCUCUCUCUGUCUCCCACAGAGAUGCUGGUGUUAACUAUGGGAAAACAGCUGGGCCAGAUUCUUAUUUACUUGAUGAAAGUUCCCUUGAUUUCGACCUUUUAGAAAUGCUGCCCUUGAGUAAUCUAAAAUGGUAUGAUUUCUGCUUCAGAGAAGUGAUUCCUGAGAGGGUUGUAAGGAGCUUCAAUGAGCUUGAUCCAGUUCUUCAAAGUGUGCAGAAAGAGAAUACUAUUAUACUCCUAAGCAUAUUUGGAGCAUCUCAGACCGUCACUAGGAACAUGCUGUGCCAUUUUGAAAGGCUGGAUAUCACGAACUAUAUCGUGUUGGGCCCUGAGUCUGAGUUCUUGUUGGAUCUUUCAAGGAGGGGACAUCCUGUGGUUAAUAUACAGCAAUUACUCAAUGGUGUUGGUGGCUAUAAAUUGAUGGGCAGUCAGGGAUCCAAUGCAGAAUUGAUCUGGGAAAUCUUGGGCAUAGCUUAUGUGAUUAAGAAGUGCCUAGAUUCUCAUUAUAGUUCUUGGGUCAUUGUUGGAAAUAUGAUUCCUAUCAGUGCUGAUGCAUUUUCUUUUGCAAAUGAGCCCUUGUAUGAUUUCUUCUCUGCAAGGGAUUCAGGACUGUUGUUUGUCAGGAGCUCAGCAACAGCUAAAAAUAUUUGGAUUGAUGAUUUUAUUUACAAAGCUGCAGCAGCAGCAAAGGAUUCAAUGGAAGAUAGUUCACUUUCUAGAGAACGAAGGCACUUUGUGUAUUUUGCAUCAGAAUCACUGCAAGCAAAUGGUAUCAGGAUUAAAAAAAAUAAUGAAUCAAAUUUUGGAGUACAUAUUUUUAGCAAUUACACCAGUCAAACUUCUCUAGGAGAUGAGAAAAAGAUUAUCUUUUGGCCUUAUGGGAUGGAACUGGGUCAUCUUCAAAAGGCUCUUCAAAGUUUGGGUAUGUGGGUGGUGGAUGGUGACUCUUCUUGUGUGGCUGUAGCGUGCCACCACUCAUAGAGUCUGACUCUGAUGGUUAUUGUAUUCUUUUCUUCUUUCUCUUACUGUGUACUUGUUAAUAUUCUUUAAUUGAAAAAAAAAAAAAGAUAAUUUCCUUGACA